AAGGAAAGGGAUGGUCUUUGUGCGAGGCUUGAUGCAAUCCACACGCGGUUUGGCCGACGACCAGCGCCCCACCAGCACACUUUCACCACCUGGAGGACGGAAACGUGACCGUCGCGGACUUCCUCUCGCCUUCUGCUGCUGAGGAGCGCCACUUAAACACCAUGGCUCCUGCUGCGUUGAGCACCAACUCGAACGGCGCCACAAAUGGGGCGUCGGGCAAAGGCGUCCACCAGCAGCAGGAGAUUCAGUGUGAUGCACCACCACCAGUGAAGGUUACGACGGUUGAUCAGCUGCAUGCCCUGCAAAAGAAGACUAAACCAGCAACUCCGCGAACUCCUCAAACUCCAGAAGAUGCAGACAGAAGCGACUCAGCUCUCAAGUCAAUCAGUGCAUCUCUUGCAUCAUCAUCCCGCUCAAUUGGGCCUCAGGUCGUGAAGGGUGAUCCGGCAAACCAAAGACGGGAGUCUUUCCAGCAAGUUUCAGUUGUCCCAGCCAGGCCUCACAUCAGUGACAGUGCAAUCAAGCUUACCCAUAUUCUGUACAAUCUCUCAGCAGCUGAACUUUACGAGCAAGCUCUGCGCUAUGAAAAGGGUUCCUAUAUCACAUCUACGGGAGCUCUUGCUGUCCUCUCCGGGGCAAAGACAGGAAGAUCGCCAAAAGACAAGCGAGUUGUUAAGGAAGAGACCUCUCAGGAUGACCUGUGGUGGGGAGAGGGCUCUCCGAACAUUGAGAUGGACGAGCAUACCUUCAUGAUCAACAGAGAACGAGCUGUGGAUUAUCUGAACUCGCUUGAUAAGGUGUACGUGAACGACCAGUUCUUGAAUUGGGAUCCUGACAACCAGAUCAAGGUCCGGAUUAUAUCCGCAAGAGCCUACCACUCUCUCUUCAUGCAAAAUAUGUGCAUUCGGCCGUCAGCAGAAGAGCUAGAGAACUUUGGGGAGCCUGACUUUACCAUCUACAAUGCUGGCAUGUUCCCUGCCAACCGUUUCACGCACUAUAUGACAUCGUCCACGAGCAUCGACAUCAACAUCAAGCGGAAGGAGAUGGUCAUCUUAGGGACGCAAUACGCGGGGGAGAUGAAGAAGGGGCUCUUCUCCCUCAUGCACUACCUCAUGCCGAAGAGGGGGAUCCUAUCACUGCAUUCAGGCUGCAACAUGUCGAAAGAUGGCAGCGUUAGUCUCUUCUUCGGACUGUCAGGCACUGGGAAGACCACUCUCUCGACGGACCCCAACCGCUACCUGAUCGGCGACGACGAGCACUGCUGGACGGACAACGGCGUCACCAACAUCGAGGGGGGGUGCUACGCCAAGGUCAUCAACCUGUCCGGCGAGAAGGAGCCCGAGAUCUUCAACGCCAUCAAGUUCGGCACCGUGCUGGAGAACGUCGUGUUCGACGAGCACACCAGGAUCGUCGACUACGAGGACAAGUCUGUGACGGAGAACACCCGCGCCUGCUACCCGAUCGAGCACAUCCCCAACGCCAGACUCCCAUGCUCGGGCCCCCACCCCACCAACGUCAUCCUCCUGACCUGUGACGCCUUCGGGGUGCUGCCGCCCGUCAGCAAGCUGUCGCACGCGCAGACCAUGUACCACUUCAUCAGCGGCUACACUGCAGUGGUCGCGGGAACGGAGGACGGCGUGAAGGAGCCGACGGCGACGUUCUCGGCCUGCUUCGGCGCCGCGUUCAUCAUGCUGCACCCCACCAAGUACGCGGCCAUGCUCGCGGAGCGGAUGCAGCAGCACGGCGCGACCGCCUGGCUGGUCAACACGGGCUGGGCGGGCGGCGCCUACGGCGUGGGCCAGCGGAUGAAGCUGAGCUACACCCGUAAGAUCAUCGACGCGAUCCACGACGGGUCCCUGCUCAAGGCCCAGUACACAGACACGCCCAUCUUCAACCUGCACGUGCCCGCCUCGUGCCCGGGGGUGCCCGCCGACCUGCUGAAGCCCGAGACGCAGUGGUCGGACAAGGGCGCGUACCAGGCGACGCUGAGUAAGGUCGCCGGGCUGUUCGUCAACAACUUCAAGAAGUACUCGACGUACUCGGUCGGAGGGGACGACAAGCUGACGAGGGAGAUCCUGGCCGCGGGGCCUCAAGUUUAGGGCUGUUUAGAGGGCCGGUCUGUCAGUGGUUGUAGUUCGGUUGCAGCUCAGUAGUCGAAGGCGUAGGGGCGUGGUCCGUUUGGAUGCACGCAUUGUUCGAGUCGUUGAUCCACUGAGUUUGUAUUAAGGGAUUGAACUCGUCCCGCCCAUUCCCUAACUAGACGUUUACUUUUGGUAAUGGCAGCUUGAGGCAAAUGUUUAUAUCUGAGAAUGUGUAGUCAAUCCCAUAGACGCUUCGCAAACAGACCCCUCAAUAAGGUUUCCCCUUAGUACGAUUCCAGCUUAGGGUUUUAAUUUACAGGGGCGAUGGAAGAAUAUCAGAUUGAGAUCAGAAAGGUUUCUUUGACUUUGAGCUUAAUCAAUCGUUUAUCGAUGUCUUUCAGUCCGCGGUUGAUACGACUGCAAUUGUAAGCCUCAUCUAGGCUACCUGCAAAC